AUGCCUGGCAAAGCAAGCGACUGGGACAACGCCGACUUCCUCCUGGAUCUUGUCGUUGGCCUCUACACUGGCGCCCAGGCCAGCGGAGGCUUGACUCCUCCGGUCAAGUCGUCCAUUGAAGAGUAUAUCAAGGGGCGCGGAUACACCACCUCUUUUGACGCUGUGCGCAAACUGCAUUCUUCUUCUUCUUCUUCUUCUUCUUCUUCUUCUUCUUCUUCUUCUUCUUCUUCAGCAUCCUCAAAAUCCCCCUUCUCUAUCCUUUCCCUCGUCGUCGUCGCCGCCAUGGCCAAGCGUCAAGUCAUGCAAUGGGAUGCCAACGUCCACGAAGACAUCCUCAUCAGUCUCUUUCAACACAUCAAGCCAAGUGCUGAAGACUGGAGCAACGUCAUGGGUGAUCUUCAGCAAAAGGGCUACACUUUCACUGAGGGUGCUCUUCGGUACGAUUUCUGA